CGGGUUAUACGCAAAAGAUCCUAAAUAUCCGAAUUCUAUCAAAUUUUAGUCAAAAUUCAUCAUAUUUAUCAGAAAAUUUCAAAAUAACUAAAACUAAACUAUUAAGAAUUGAUAAUAAACAUUUUUUAAACUCUAAAUUCGACAUUUAAAAUUUCAUAUUACUUGAAAUAUUAUAAAAAUAAUAAAAGAUUGUUAAUAAAAAAUAUUUCAACUAAAUCAUAAACUAAAAUAUAGAAAAUAGAACACAUGAAAUCAUAGUUUAGAAAUUCUUGUUUUUAACUUGGGUAUGAAUCGGUUCUUAUCGGAUUGGUUCUAUUCGGAUCGGUUUUUUUUCGGGUUUAGAUCUAUUCGAGUCGGUUCUUCUGGGUUCUAGUUCUUUCAUAUAGAGAAAUUUGAACCCAACUAGAAACUUAUAAAUUUUUGGGUUCUUCUAGGUUCGAAUCGGGAUAAAGUGCCCAUGCCUAAAAUUGAAGUUAUGGCUGUACAGCUAAACACGGUUUCAAAAUUCUAAUAAAAUUUAGUAAGAGUCAUGGAUAGGACCCCGACUCCAAAGAUCUAAUCUAUUAAUUUAGGAUCCUAUUCUUAUCUAUUAACAAGUCAUAGUAAGACCACUUAACCAAUUAGUUAAUAUGACAUAUUUGAUUAUUUACAUUAAUAAUAGAGACAAUUAGAUGAAUAUACCCAACUCACCAAGAAAUUAAGAAACUACCCUAAAGCAAGAAAAACUCAUGCCCACUGUAGAUAUUUUUGUCAUUUUUCCCAUUUUACCCCUGCCCUAAAUUUUUAUAUGUUUCUCUUUCUUGCCCUAAAUUUUAGUUAUAUAUGAUACAAUAAUUGUUAACCGCUUGGAUAAUAUUAGUUGAAUAGAUAAUGAUUAAUUUAGCACGUUAACAUAAUUUGUAACUUCUAACAGAAUAAUAUAUUAGUUAACGAUUGCUACUUUAACCAUUUUACCAAUGUAAAAAGCGAUAACAUUUUUUUUAACAAUUAACCAAACAUGUAUCAGCAAAUCAUAAUAUGUUAUAUAUAAUAUGAAUACAAAGUUUCAACAUAAACUGUUAUGUGACUUGUUUUAACCUACUAACUUAUUUCUUAGCAUCUAACAAACUAUUUAUCAGCCAACUCAAACUAUUUUUUAGAAAAAAUUACAAACCGUUUUAAAAGGCCGUUAACAUGUUUUAUAACAGCUAAGUAGACAUUUUAUCAGCUAAUGAUAAUAUAUUUUGUGAAAAAAUCGGCAUCCACCGGUUUAGUAACAACUAACCAAACAUGCAUAUGCUCACAAUAUGUGAUUUGUAGCAUGUAAUCAAACAAUUAUCCGUUAACUUAAUAAAUAUCGACUACAAGCACAAAUAACUUAAAUGUUAGAUUCAGGUUUCAUCAAUGUCGGGAAAUCUCUAUAUUUCUUGAUUAUAUAAACCAUCAAUACAACCAUGAGCUUUUACCAGCGAAUGAAUUGAAGAGAUCUCACAUGUAUAUUAAACAAAAUUUCUUAUACAUUCAUAUCACGGUCGGAUUGAGUAAAAGAAUAGAGAUGAUAGAUAGAAAAACUCAUGUGAGGAUAGUACUCAUUAGAUUCAUACUCUGUACUAAUUGAAAUAUAUGUACCAGUUGUUGAUUCACAUCGUUGGAAAUAGAAAAGAUAAGGAAAAAAAUAUUUAGAUUAAUAGGAAAAAGUUGUGUUUGGUGAUUUUAAGAAAAUACAAGAGAGAGAAGUAAGAAGAUUGUUAUGGACAUAAGAUAAUAAGAAGACACAAGAUAGAGAAUGGUUCAGAUAGUUGGGGUAGGGGUAAUUCUGUAUUAUGAAAAUAUCAACAGUAUCAAAAUUAGUCCUAGCAUAUUUUGCAAAUAUUGGUUUUUUUGUGUAUAUGGAGCCUAAUUUCUCUUAAUAAUAAGCCAACUAUAAAUAUGAAUUUUAUUUUUUUAAUUAUAACAAAAUCUGUUCUUACUAAAAAUUUAAAAAUAACACAUUAAUUAAUUUCGUAACUAGUAGUAUAAUAUUAUUAUUAUAAAUCAAUGUUAACUAAAAUUUUAUUCUAAAACAAGAUAUACAAAGUCUAUACUGUUUUUUAUAAAUUUUAUAAUUAUAUUAUGUAUUAUAUAAAAUUAACACAAGCAAAAUCCCCAAUAUCAUAAUCAAAGGCCCAAUAACCGAUGAUGUUUGAAUAACCGCCUAAGCACACCGCCUCUGAGUUUUGUAUAUAAUAACUACUACUUGUUUCCCUUGAAAAAGAAAAAAAAAAGCGACUCGAUCAAAAAUAGUUUUUGUCAAUUAAUCGAUUAGCUUCACUAAGUUCUUGGCGAUCGAUCUAGGGUUUACACCUCCGCGACUCUGUUCAGCGUUUGGAUUUGAAAACCCUAGCCAUGUGGAGCAACAACGAUGCUAUGCCCUUAGCCCCUCCUGGCACCGGUGGCUCCACAAUGCCGCCACCUUGUAAUCCGACUCCUACUCUCGAAGAGAAGUCUCGUAGAUGGACGCAGCUAAACUCGAAACGCUACGGAGAUAACAAGAGGAGGUUCGGACACGUGGAGACUCAAAAGGAGGACAUGCCCCCUGAGCACGUCAGGAAGAUCAUCAAGGACCACGGCGACAUGUCAUCGAAGAAAUUCACUCACGACAAACGCGUAUACCUAGGAGCACUCAAGUUCGUCCCUCACGCCGUCUUCAAGCUUCUUGAGAACAUGCCGAUGCCCUGGGAGCAGGUCCGUGACGUGAAGGUUCUGUACCACGUCACCGGAGCCAUCACGUUCGUGAACGAGAUCCCGUUGGUCGUGGAGCCUAUCUACAUGGCUCAGUGGGGCACUAUGUGGAUCAUGAUGCGGAGGGAGAAGAGGGACCGUCGCCACUUUAAAAGAAUGAGGUUUCCUCCGUUUGAUGACGAGGAGCCUCCUCUUGACUACGCGGAUAACUUGCUUGACGUGGAGCCUCUCGAGGCGAUUCAGAUGGAGCUUGACGAGGAGGAGGAUUCAGCUGUGUACACUUGGUUUUACGACCAUAAGCCGUUGGUGAAGACCAAACUCAUUAACGGUCCUAGCUACAAGAGGUGGAAUCUCUCGCUUCCGAUCAUGGCGACCCUUCACAGGCUUGCGGGACAGCUGCUGUCUGAUAAUUUAAUCGAUCGGAACUACUUCUACUUGUUUGACAAGGAAUCUUUCUUCACAGCGAAGGCUUUGAACAUGUGCAUACCCGGCGGUCCUAAGUUUGAGCCUUUGUACCGAGACAUGGAGAGAGGGGAUGAGGAUUGGAACGAGUUUAAUGACAUCACCAAGCUUAUCAUUCGCUCUCCUUUGAGAACUGAAUACAGAAUAGCUUUUCCUCAUUUGUAUAAUAAUAGGCCGAGGAAGGUGAAACUAGGCGUGUAUCACAGCCCUAUGGUUAUGUACGUAAAGACCGAGGAUCCUGAUCUUCCUGCUUUUUAUUACGAUCCGUUGAUUCACCCAAUAAGCAGCAAUACUAAUAAAGAAAGGCGGAAAAGGAAGUUUUAUGAUGAUGAUGGUGAUGAUGAGGAUGAAGAUGAAGAUGAUGAUUUUACCUUACCUGAAGGAGUAGAGCCUUUGCUAAAAGACACAAAGCUCUAUACCGACACUACAUCUGCUGGAAUCUCUUUGUUGUUUGCGCCACGGCCUUUCAAUAUGAGGUCUGGGAGGACGCGGCGGUCCGAAGAUAUCCCACUGGUGUCAGAGUGGUUCAAGGAGCACUGUCCUCAGUCUUAUCCUGUUAAAGUUCGUGUCAGUUACCAAAAGCUUUUGAAAUGCUACGUGCUGAACGGUCUGCACAGUAGACCACCUAAGUCUCAUAAGAAGAAGCAUUUAUUCCGCUCCCUCGCGGCGACAAAGUUUUUCCAAAGCACCGAACUGGACUGGGUUGAAGCGGGUCUGCAAGUCUGCCGGCAAGGGCAUAACAUGCUGAAUCUGCUGAUUCACCGCAAGGGUUUGAACUAUUUGCAUCUCGACUACAACUUCAACCUGAAGCCUGUGAAGACUUUAACCACCAAAGAGAGGAAGAAGUCGCGUUUCGGGAACGCUUUCCAUCUCUGCCGAGAGAUCCUCCGCCUGACGAAACUUGUGGUCGAUGCAAACGUCCAGUUCCGCCUCGGUAACGUAGACGCCUUCCAGCUGGCUGACGGGCUUCAGUAUAUAUUCUCCCACGUCGGCCAGCUGACGGGUAUGUACCGGUACAAGUACAGACUCAUGAGGCAGAUCAGGAUGUGCAAGGACUUAAAGCACUUGAUAUACUACCGUUUCAACACCGGUCCAGUCGGUAAAGGACCAGGGUGUGGGUUCUGGGCUCCCAUGUGGAGGGUUUGGUUGUUUUUCCUACGAGGAAUAGUUCCUCUUCUCGAACGAUGGCUAGGGAACCUUCUCGGCCGUCAGUUCGAGGGGCGUCACUCGAAAGGAGUUGCGAAAACGGUCACGAAGCAGAGAGUCGAAAGCCAUUUCGAUCUGGAGCUUCGAGCUGCCGUCAUGCAUGACGUUCUCGAUGCAAUGCCUGAAGGUAUCAGGAAAAACAAAGCGAAGACGAUAUUACAGCAUCUUAGCGAGGCGUGGCGGUGCUGGAAAGCUAAUAUCGCUUGGAAGGUCCCCGGGUUGCCCGUACCGGUCGAGAAUAUGAUUCUUCGUUAUGUUAAGUCUAAGGCUGAUUGGUGGACUAACGUUGCUCACUACAACCGUGAGCGUAUCAGAAGAGGAGCUACAGUUGAUAAGACUGUUUGUAAGAAGAAUCUAGGAAGGUUGACUCGUCUUUGGCUAAAGGCGGAGCAGGAGCGGCAGCACAAUUACUUGAAAGAUGGUCCGUACGUUACUUCGGAGGAAGCAGUGUCGAUUCACAGAACGACUUUUCAUUGGCUGGAAUCGAGGAUGUUCUCUCCGAUUCCGUUCCCUCCACUGUCGUACAAGCACGACACGAAGAUUCUCAUCCUGGCCCUCGAGAGGCUGAAGGAAUCAUACGGUGGUGCCGUGAGGUUGAACCAGCAGCAGCGAGAGGAGCUUGGUCUGAUUGAGCAAGCUUACGACAAUCCUCAUGAAGCAUUGUCACGUAUCAAACGUCUUCUCCUCACGCAGCGUAACAUGAAAGAGGUUGGCAUACAGUUUAUGGAUCUGUACAGCUACUUGAUUCCAGUGUACGAGAUAGAUCCUCUAGAGAAGAUUACAGAUGCUUAUCUUGAUCAGUACUUGUGGUACGAAGGUGAUAAGCGCGGUUUGUUCCCGAACUGGAUCAAGCCGGCAGACUCUGAGCCGCCACCGCUUCUGGUUUACAAGUGGUGUCAAGGUGUAAAUAACUUGCAAGGCGUAUGGGACACGAGUGAUGGGCAGUGUGUGGUGAUGCUCCAGACCAAGUUCGAAAAGCUCUUUGAGAAGAUCGAUAUUACUAUGUUGAACAGGCUUCUCCGUUUGAUUCUUGAUCACAAUCUCGCAGAUUACAUGUGCGCCAAGAACAACGUGCUUCUGGCUUACAAGGAUAUGAGUCAUACCAACUCGCACGGUCUGAUCAGGGGACUUCAGUUUGCGUCGUUUGUUGUUCAGUUUUACGGACUGUCUCUUGAUCUCGUGCUUCUCGGUUUGACUCGAGCAACUGAAAUCGCUGGACCGCCGCAGACGCCUAACGAGUUUAUGACGUUUUGGGAUACGAAAGUGGAGACGUGUCAUCCCAUAAGGAUCUAUGCUCGGUACAUAGACAGAGUUCAUAUAAUGUUUAAAUUCACCCACCAAGAGGCACGUGAUCUUAUCCAGAGGUAUCUCACGGAGCAUCCCGAUCCCAACAAUGAGAACAUGGUGGGAUACAACAACAAAAAGUGCUGGCCGAGAGAUGCGAGGAUGAGGCUGAUGAAACACGAUGUUAAUCUCGGUAGAAGCGUGUUCUGGGGCAUAAAGAACCGUCUGCCUCGGAGCAUCACGACUUUGGAGUGGGAGAAUGGGUUUGUCUCUGUCUACAGCAAGGAUAAUCCCAACCUUCUCUUCAGCAUGUGUGGAUUUGAAGUUCGGAUACUUCCCAAAAUCAGGAUGACGCAAAGCAAUACUAAAGAUGGUGUGUGGAAUCUUCAGAAUGAACAGACCAAGGAGAGGACUGCGGCUGCUUUUCUCCGGGUCGACGACGAGCACAUGAAGGCGUUUGAGAAUCGCGUGAGGCAGAUUCUCAUGUCGUCAGGAUCAACAACUUUCACCAAGAUAGUCAACAAGUGGAACACGGCUCUGAUCGGUCUCAUGACUUACUUUCGCGAAGCCACUGUCCACACGCAAGAGCUCUUGGACCUUCUGGUCAAGUGCGAGAACAAAAUCCAGACGAGGAUCAAGAUAGGGCUGAACUCAAAGAUGCCUAGCCGGUUUCCUCCCGUUGUCUUCUACGCUCCAAAGGAGCUUGGCGGUCUUGGAAUGUUGUCAAUGGGUCAUAUCUUGAUCCCACAAAGCGACCUCAAGCACAGCAAGCAAACAGACGUUGGUGUAACCCACUUUAGAAGUGGGAUGAGCCACGAGGAAGAUCAGCUUAUACCAAAUCUGUACCGUUACAUCCAGCCAUGGGAGAGCGAGUUCAUCGAUUCGCAGCGUGUGUGGGCAGAGUAUGCUCUAAAGAGGCAGGAAGCGCAGGUCCAGAACAGGCGUCUUACAUUAGAAGAUCUUGAAGACUCUUGGGAUAGAGGAAUCCCUCGUAUAAACACACUGUUCCAGAAGGAUAGGCACACGCUAGCGUACGAUAAAGGCUGGAGGGUCCGGACCGAGUUUAAGCAGUACCAAGUCCUUAAACAAAACCCAUUCUGGUGGACGCACCAGAGGCACGACGGGAAGCUCUGGAACUUGAACAACUACCGAACCGACGUUAUCCAAGCUCUCGGAGGCGUCGAGGGUAUCCUCGAGCAUACACUCUUCAAGGGAACAUAUUUCCCAACGUGGGAGGGUCUUUUCUGGGAGAAGGCGUCUGGUUUCGAGGAGUCGAUGAAGUACAAGAAGCUGACGAACGCGCAGAGGUCUGGUCUGAACCAGAUUCCGAACAGGAGAUUCACUCUCUGGUGGUCGCCGACGAUUAACCGGGCGAAUGUUUACUUGGGUUUCCAGGUGCAGUUGGACCUGACGGGAGUGUUCAUGCAUGGAAAGAUUCCUACGCUGAAGAUAUCUUUGAUUCAGAUAUUCCGCGCCCAUUUGUGGCAAAAGAUCCACGAGAGUGUAGUCAUGGAUCUUUGCCAAGUGCUGGACCAUGAGCUGGAGGCUUUGGAGAUAGAAACUGUGCAGAAGGAGACGAUUCACCCGAGGAAGAGUUACAAGAUGAACAGCUCUUGCGCUGACGUUCUUCUAUUCGCUUCCGGUAAAUGGCCAAUGUCGAAACCAAGCCUGCUCGCCGAGUCGAAAGACGUGUUCGACCAGAAGGCGAGCAACAAGUACUGGAUCGAUGUGCAGCUUCGAUGGGGAGAUUACGACUCCCACGAUAUCGAGCGUUACACCAGGGCCAAGUUUAUGGACUACACAGCGGAUAGCAUGUCUAUAUAUCCGUCUCCGACCGGGGUGGUGAUUGGGAUUGAUCUGGCGUACAACUUGCAUUCCGCGUUUGGUAAUUGGUUCCCUGGUUCGAAGCCUCUUGUUACUCAAGCGAUGAACAAGAUUAUGAAGGCGAAUCCGGCUCUACACGCGUUGAGGGAUAGGAUAAAGAAAGGCUUGCAGUUGUACUCGUCCGCUCCCACGGAGCCGUACUUGUCGUCUCAAAACUAUGGGGAGAUAUUCAAUAAUCAGAUUAAAUGGUUUGUGGAUGAUACCAAUGUCUACCGUGUCACAAUUCACAAGACGUUCGAGGGGAAUCUAACAACUAAGCCGAUCAACGGUGCGGUUUUUGUUUUCAAUCCGAGAACUGGACAGCUGUUUUUGAAGGUUAUCCAUACAAGUGUUUGGGCUGGUCAGAAGCGUCUCGGACAGUUAGCGAAGUGGAAAACUGCUGAAGAGGUUGCUGCGCUUGUGAGGUCUCUCCCCGUUGAAGAACAGCCGAAGCAGAUCAUUGUUACACGUAAAGGAAUGCUGGAUCCGUUAGAGGUUCACUUGCUGGACUUCCCUAACGUUGUUAUCAAGGGAAGCGAGCUUCAGCUUCCGUUCCAGGCUUGUCUCAAGAUUGAGAUGUUCGGCGAUAUGAUUCUGAAGGCGACGGAGCCGAAGAUGGUUUUGUUCAAUAUCUAUGAUGAUUGGUUGAAGAGUGUUUCUUCUUAUACCUGCUUUUCGAGACUUAUUCUGAUCCUACGUGCACUUCAUGUGAAUAACGAGAAGGCUAAGAUGCUGUUAAGGCCGGACAAGUCUGUUGUCACUGAGCCGCAUCACAUCUGGCCUUCGCUCACUGAUGAACAAUGGAUGAAGGUGGAGGUAGCACUAAGAGAUCUCAUCCUUUCUGACUACGCGAAGAAGAACAAUGUGAGCACAUCGGCUCUAACGCAAUCGGAGAUGAGAGAUAUUAUUCUAGGAGCUGACAUCACUCCACCCUCUCAGCAGAGGCAACAGAUAGCUGAGAUUGAGAAACAAGCCAGCCAGGCUAUUGCAGUCACAACGAAAACGAGAAACGUUCACGGAGACGAGCUCAUCGUCUCCACCGUGACCCCCUACGAGCAAGCUGCGUUUAGUUCCAAGACGGAUUGGCGCGUGCGUGCAAUAUCAGCAACCAACCUCUACCUAAGAGUCAACCACAUCUACGUGAACUCGGACAACAUAAACGAGUCCGGAUACACAUACAUCAUGCCGAAGAACCUCCUGAAGAGGUUCAUAUGCAUAGCGGAUCUCCGCACCCAAAUCGCUGGAUACUUGUACGGUAUCAGCCCCCCGGAUAAUCCUCGAGUGAAGGAGAUUCGUUGCGUUGUGAUGGUGCCGCAGCGGGGAAGCUCCCAGGCUGUUCACCUGCCUUCGUCUCUCCCUGAGAAUGAUUUGUUAAACGGUCUCGAGCCCUUGGGGUGGUUGCACACGCAGCCUAACGAGCUCCCGGAGCUCUCGCCACAGGAUGUUGUCUCUCAUUCUCGGAUUCUGGAGAAGAACAAGAAGCAGUGGGAUGUUGACAAAUGCAUCGUCAUGACGUGUAGUUUUACUCCGGGUUCGUGCUCUUUGACGGCUUAUAAGCUGACUCAAAGUGGAUAUGAAUGGGGACGAGACAACCAGGACGCAGGCGGGAGAAGCGAUCCUCGGGGUUAUGUUCCCACGCAUUAUGAGAAGGUUCAGAUGCUGUUGAGUGACCGUUUCCUCGGGUUUUAUAUGGUUCCUGAAAACGGAUCGUGGAACUAUAAUUUUAUGGGAACGAAGCAUGCGGUGGAUAUGAAGUACAGCGUCAGACUUGGAUACCCAAAGGAGUACUUUGACGUGGAGCAUCGACCUACUCAUUUCUUGGAGUUUAGUAGCAUGGAGGAUGUUGAAAUGGCCGAGGGAGAUCGAGAGGACAUCUUUGGUUGAUAAUAGAUACGCACUCACUUGUGUGCAUGAAGAAAAUGUAUGCUUACUACUAUCUUAAGAGUAUGAUUUAUGCAAUGUUAAGUGCCUUUGCAACUGUUUUGUUUUUCUUCUUUAUUUUGAGAUCUUGAGUUGUGCUUACUGGCUGCUGCUAUUGCUUAGUUUAUAAUUCAAUUUUACAGAGAAAUUCUUAUUACUGAGACAUCACUUUGUUGUUUUUUUCGUAUUAGAUAUUUGUAGUAGUUUGGAUGUAAAUGUACUAGAAGAUAUUUGUCUGAGAAUUGAGAAGCUUGUGCCCCAAGUUAUAUGCUGGUUUUGCUUUUAUUUAAUGUCCGUCUUCUUCCAGUUUCCAGUGGGUCGAAUUCACCGUCAAGUAAAGACAGGAGCUUCAGAUCAUGGAAGA